AUGGGCCGGCACCCCCGCCGCAGCCAAGGAUCCAGGGCACCCCACCCCCCCAUCCCCUCCCCACCCCCCUCCCCACCCCCCCACCUCACCCCCCUCAGGGAUGUGAAGAACCCCAUUACCCUCACCUCCCCUGCACAUGACUGUUGGCGCCCCCCAGGGCAGGACAAGCCAGGAGCAGCCGCCACCAAGACCGGGGCCCACAGCAACCGCAGCCAGAGACCCGCCGACCAAAGACGCACGCAGCCGCCACACAUCAAAAGGCGGAAAGGCGAGGGAGGACAGAGGGCAGCAGAAGAGCCCAACCCAGGGCCCACCAUCCCCAGGCCCACCGUGGCCGCCCCCCGAGGGCAGCGGCCAGGCACCGGCCCAGACCCGCAGCAGCACAUCCGGUCCAACCAGGCCCCCCAGCAAGGCCGACCCCCACCCCCGAGGGAGGAGGCAACCCCCAGACACCCGGACCCAGGGCCCCGCACCCCGCCCACCCCAGAACACUCCGCCCACCCGGCCCAGGGCCGGCAGCCACCGGCCCAGGCCCCCCCGGCAACCCAACUCCACCGCCGCCAGAGAGCCCCAACCGCCGCCCCACCCCGACCCCAGACUGGACCAAGCACAAAGCCACCCCCCCAGCGCGGGAGCCCAGACCCCCACUCCAAGACAGCACCAAGCCCCCGCAGUCCCCAGGGCCCCCGCACCGACAUCCGACCGCCAAGGUGUUUAUCCUCAGGUGCUGGUCCUCAGGUGCUGGUCCUAAGGUGUUUGUCCUCAGGUGUUGGUCUUCAGGUGCUGGUCCUCAGGUGCUGGUCCUCAGGUGUUGGUCCUCAGGUGUUUGUCUUCAGGUGUUUGUCCUCAGGUGUUGGUCCUCAGGUGUUUGUCUUCAGGUGUUGGUCCUCAGGUGUUGGUCCUCAGGUGUUUGUCUUCAGGUGUUUGUCCUCAGGUGUUUGUCCUCAGGUGCUGGUCCUCAGGUGUUGGUCCUCAGGUGUUUGUCUUCAGGUGUUGGUCCUCAGGUGUUUGUCCUCAAGUGUUUGUCCUCAGGUGUUGGUCCUCAGGUGUUGGUCCUCAGGUGUUUGUCUUCAGGUGUUGGUCCUCAGGUGCUGGUCCUCAGGUGCUGGUCCUCAGGUGUUUGUCUUCAGGUGUUGGUCCUCAGGUGUUAGUCCUCAGGUGCUGGUCCUCAGGUGUUUGUCUUCAGGUGUUGGUCCUCAGGUGUUAGUCCUCAGGUGUUUGUCUUCAGGUGUUUGUCCUCAGGUGCUGGUCCUCAGGUGCUGGUCCUCAGGUGUUUGUCUUCAGGUGUUGGUCCUCAGGUGCUGGUCCUCAGGUGCUGGUCCUCAGGUGUUUGUCUUCAGGUGUUGGUCCUCAGGUGUUAGUCCUCAGGUGUUUGUCUUCAGGUGUUUGUCCUCAGGUGCUGGUCCUCAGGUGCUGGUCCUCAGGUGUUUGUCUUCAGGUGUUGGUCCUCAGGUGUUGGUCCUCAGGUGUUUGUCCUCAGGUGUUGGUCCUCAGGUGUUUGUCCUCAGGUGUUGGUCCUCAGGUGUUGGUCCUCAGGUGUUGGUCCUCAGGUGUUGGUCCUCAGGCGUUGGUCCUCAGGUGUUGGGCCUCAGGCGUUGGUCCUCAGGUGUUUAUCCUCAGGUGCUGGUCCUCAGGUGUUUGUUCUCAGGUGUUUGUCCUCAGGUGCUGGUCCUCAGGUGUUGGUCCUCAGGUGUUGGUCCUCAGGUAUUGGUCCUCAGGUGAUGGUCCUC